AUGGUGAUUGGACACUGGUUUUCAGAGCUCAGAAACACAUCAAUUCCUCUCUGUAUGACACGUGGAUCAGCAUGGGUCAACAUGACGACAACCCACUGUCCAGUAGCUCAUUGAACGGAUGUUACAGACUGGACAAUUUAGGGAGAUGUAAGAAGCACUUCAGGAGUUUUAUCUUGGACAAUUGGACUAACGUCAAAAAGGUGAAGUUUUCUGUUUAUGUCAAUGGGUCUGAGGUCAAGUACAUAGAGUUUGAUGGAGCCUCCACUACCAGAGAUACUUGGUUUAAACAGGCUUUAAUUUCCAAUUCUUCCUGGUUGGACAUAAUAACAGACACAUCUAUACGUGACUUCAGUUUACAAGGAUACACUAACAACGGCCUUGCAAGAAGAUUUGUCAUCUGUGGUAACUAUGGGUCAUGCUCAGCUGAUGUUGCUUAUUUCCUGGCCGUUGACCAGGUCUAUGAAUAUUGUCAGAGUAAUUGGAAUGUGCCUAAUGGUAGUUUCCCCAUCUUCAUCACAUCCAAAUCAGAAAACAUGACAAAAAUUAGUUCAAAAGAUCACAUCCUUGCUGAUGUCAUGGCUGUAUUUGUCAAGUUUUAACAAGCAUAGAAAUUAGUCAAAGUAAUGUAAAAGCUUAAAAGAUUUUUUAGUCGACAAAGUCAAGUGAGCACGAAAUGAGUUUGUUUGAUGACUUCUUGGAUAAUGCAAAAACUACGGAUAGG